GAUUGAGAUGCUUUCUUUACUCCCGUACAUCUUUUCCUUUUGAUCAUUCACUUGCUUUGUGUUGGCAGCUCCUGCUCUUGCUUUUUCUACUCGAAGCACUUUGAUGGCCUCCUGACUCGAAAUGCUGCAGAUCAUCAAUGUCGAUCCUGGUACCUAUGACAAGGCUACUUUCAAAGCUGGAGCCGAAGGAAAGUGCGAGAACUGCCCGAAGCUUGAAAACGAUCAUUAUGGAUCAUCCAAGUUCUGCUCCGUAAGGAACCGUUCGCUCAGGGAACGAUCGGCUGACAUGAAUGUUUGCGUUUUUAUCGGUUAUUGCUUGGAUGGACUGUCGAUGAUGCUGGAUAGUGGGUAAGUGAAGCUUAUGAAAGAUGCAGGGGACGAUUGGCUGACAUGUCCUUUGCAAUGUCUGCUGUUUCUGGGUGGAUGGAUGAAACUUGGGCCUGACAGCGAGUAAGUAGCAUAUGCUAUGAUGCGCUCAGGGGACGAUUAGGCUGACAAAUUUUUCAGACCUUCGUUCUGGAUGACGAUGGCACCUGCAAGAAGUGUAAAGCAGAGGAGGAAGAUCACGUUGGCGAAAAGAAGAUUUGCCCGGUAAACCCAAUCAUUUCUUCAACGAUGCGGUCAGGGGACGAUAGACUGACAUGUAUUUUGCAAAUUCCUGGUUUAUCCUUGCUUGCAUGGAUCAAAUUCGCAUGGUUUUCGUUUUUUGUUGCAAU